UCUUCGCCUUCUUUCCAAUCAACCAUAAACAAGAGGACAUCGUCGAUCAGCUGGUUCUACAUCAUGAUGGGCCUCUCAACAGUUCUCACGACCACCCUUCUGGCCUUGCGCCUCUUCUCCCUCGACGCCCUCGCGGCUCCCACGCCCGACCCCGUCGCCGCUCCCCAGGCUUCUAACUCGCCCGUUGCUGCCGCUGGGAACUACUGGGUCGCCUCGAUCGAGAGAAGCGGUGUCUCUGCCUUUGGCGAUCCCAACUACAAGAUCUUCCGUAAUGUAAAGGACUUUGGCGCGAAGGGUGAUGGCGCGACCGAUGACACCGUCGCCAUCCAGGCCGCCAUGGACGAGAAGGGCAACCGUUGCGGUUUCGGAUGCGACUCCUCGACUACUACUCCCGCCUUGGUUUACUUCCCUGCUGGCACCUACGUCGUCAGCAAGCCGAUCGCCAUGAAGUACUACACCCACAUGGUUGGAGAUGCCACCAGCCUUCCCACCAUCAAGGCCGCUGCCAGCUUCACUGGUAUGGCUGUUAUUGACGCCAACCCGUACGACGACCAGGGCAACAACCAGCACACUAACCAGAACAACUUCUGGAAGCUCGUCAAGAACUUCAACGUCGACCUCACUGCCAUGCCCGUCACCUCUGGCGCUGGUAUUCACUGGCAGGUUGCUCAGGCUACUUCUCUGCAGAACAUCGUCUUCAACAUGCGCACCGACGGCGGAGACAGCAACGUCCAGCAGGGUAUCUUCAUCGACAACGGCUCCGGCGGCUUCAUGACCAACUUGACCUUCAACGGCGGCAAGUACGGCAUGUUCGUUGGUUCUCAGCAGUUUACCACCCGCGCUCUGACCUUCAACAACUGCAAGACUGCCGUCUACAUGAACUGGAACUGGCUCUGGACCCUCCAGGACCUCACCAUCAACAACUGCGGCGUCGGUGUUGACAUGUCCAACGGCGGUGCCACUGCCCAGACCGUCGGCUCCGUUCUCCUCCUCGACAGUGUCAUCAGCAACACCCCCGUCGGUGUCCUGACUGCCUACAACCCCGCCUCCACCUCCACCAACGGCAGCUUGAUCCUCGACAACGUCGACAUGACCACCAACGUUCCCGCCGCCGUCCAGAUCGUCGACACCAAGGCCAACGUCCUUGCCGGCAACCAGAAGAUCGCCUCCUUCAUCCAGGGCCGCACCUACACCGGCGCCACCGGCAACGGCAAGGCUGUCCAGAGCGCCCAGGACGCCAUCACCAAGCCUGCCGUUCUCCUCGGCUCCAACGGCAAGGUCGUCACCCGCAGCAAGCCUCAGUACGAGACCGCCGCCGUCAGCCAGUUCCUCAGCGCCAAGGCCAACGGCUGCAAGGGAGACGGCAAGACCGACGACACGGCCGCCAUCCAGGCUCUGUUCAACAAGGCCGGCCCCAACGACAUUGUCUACUUUGACCACGGUGCCUACAUCAUCUCCAACACCAUCGAGGUGCCCAAGGACAUCAAGAUCACCGGCGAGGUCUGGCCUCUUCUGAUGGCCAACGGCGAGGCGUUCAAGGACCAGGCCAACCCCAAGGUCAUGCUCAGAGUCGGAAAGCCUGGCGAUGUCGGCACCUUCGAGAUGAGCGACAUCAUCGUCCAGACGCAGGGUCCCCAGGCCGGCGCCAUCCUCAUGGAGUACAACAUCGCCGGCUCCAGCCCUGGUGCCGCCGGUCUCUGGGACGUCCACUUCCGUAUCGGUGGCAGCCAGGGCACCCAGCUCCAGUCCGACAAGUGCGCCAAGAACCCCAACGUCACCCACGCCGCCAACCCCGAGUGCAUCGGCGCCUACAUGCUCACCCACAUCACCGCCGAGUCCUCCGGCUACUUUGAGAACGUCUGGUGGUGGGUUGCUGACCACGAGCUCGACCUUGCCAACAAGGGUCAGCAGAUCGACAUCUACAACGGCCGCGGCGUCCUCACCGAGUCCACCAAGGGAACCUGGUUCUGGGGAACCGCCUCCGAGCACUCCGUCCUGUACAACUACCAGUUCAACAACGCCUCCAACGUCUACAUGGCGCACAUCCAGACCGAGACGGCGUACAUGCAGGGUAACCCCGACGCCAAGACGCCCUUCACCGUCAACAACGCCAUCCUGGACCCCAACUUCGAGACCUUCUGCACCGGCCAGAGCGACAAGUGCGCGCGCACCUGGGGCGUCCGCGCCAUCAACUCCAAGGACAUCCUCAUCUACGGCGCCGGCCUGUACAGCUUCUUCAACAACUACGACCAGGUCUGCGUCGGCCAGAACAACUGCCAGGACCACAUGGUCUCGCUCGAGAACAGCGACGUCAAGUUCUUCGGCCUCAGCACCAAGGCCUCGGUCAACAUGGUCACCGUCAACGGCAAGGGCGCCGCCCUCGACAGCGACAACCGCAACAACUUCUGCGCCACCGCGAGCGAUGAGACGACCGCAUGGGACGACCUCAAGACGAAGCGUGGGUUCCGCAUGGAUACCCGCAAUGCGAUCGAGCCUGAGAAGACGUGCCUUGCCGGGAAGAGGACCGAUAUGGCUUACGACUUUCACUUCAUCUAG